AUGAAUUCCUUGAUCUUAUCAAAUGUAAGAAUGUUCGCUAGAAACUUCAAAACUCUUAGUCACCUUAGAAUUAAUUAAUAAAGAUUGAUGGUACAAGCAUCAAACAGACUUACUUAUCUCAACUAUCAAAGAUUCUCCACCGCUCCCCUUAGUGACAGUGAAGUUAUUGAACUAGUAGAAGGCAAGGUAUUUGAAGUAUUAAAGAGUGCUGCAAAAUGUAAUCAUGCCAAAUUAUCAAGAACUGCUACUUUUGAAGAACUUGGCUUUGACUCUCUUGAUAAUGUUGAACUUGUACUUGCAAUGGAGGAGCACUUUGGAUUUGAUUUAAGCAAUCAAGAUGCUGAGAAAAUAACUACUGUAAUGGAUGCUAUUCAAAUUUUCCACACUUACCAAGUCAAAAGAUCACAACCAGCCACCUAGCAAUAAUGA